AUGCCCCCAAAACCAAUUUCACCCAAGACAUACGAUAACCGUAAGAGUGUUACUGUUGUUGCAAGCAGAGUAAGUAGACGUGGCAGUGUUGAAGGGACAGAAGAAACAGAGAUCCAGGCACAAGUGCAUGUACCAGAAGAAGGCGGUUGGGGCUGGGUGGUCGUUACAGCUGCAUUCUCUACAACAUUUUUAAUGGAUGGCAUAUCAAUGACGUUUGGCAGUAUGCGUCCAGAUAUAACCUUAGAUCUCGGUAUUUCUGAAACAGUGACAUCUUUAAUCAACUCGAUUGCUCUGGCUUUAUAUUUAAUAGCAGGACCCUUAGUUUCUGCUUUGAUAAAUCGAUUUGGGUUUAGAGCUUGUGCCAUGACUGGUUCAAUAAUAUGUUCUCUUUCAUUAUUCAUUUCUUACUUUUUAGCCACUUUUGGAUCUCUUGUUAUAUUCUAUGGAAUAACUUUUGGUUUGGGGCUUGCUCUGAUUAAUAUGUCUACAGGACUUGUCGUGGGCUUUUAUUUCGAAAAAAAACGGUCUUUAGCAAUAGCGAUAGCUACAUUUGGCUCCAGUGUUGGGGUUAUGGUUUGGUAUCCAAUAAACACAAAUUUAGUUAAUUUAGCAGGUUGGCGUUCUUUGACUUUACUUCACUCGGGGAUGUUUGGAAUAAUUUAUUUUCUUUCAAUGACUUACCGACCUUUACUCGCGUUGCAUGUAGUAAAAACUGAAGAAGUUACAGACCAGCCAACUCGUACAGUCACUUAUUUGCCAAAUGUGGCGGCAGCAGCUGCUGCAUCCCAAGCGCCUCAAUCUGACGGCCCUAAACCAACAGCAGCAGAACGUCUAUUCGCUGCAGUGGAAACGACCAACUUUCCCACAGCAGCUGCUGUGGUGAAAGACACUGACGAACCUCAAGCUCUGUCAACUCAGCCUGGGCCUUCUGCUGGACCUCCACAUGUCUCCAAACUAACAAUUACUGCAAUUACACCAAAAGGUGGUAUCAGUAAACGCCAUUUACAACAAGUAAAAUCUAUUAUGUCUAAAACUAGCAUGGCGGGGGACGCUAAACAACAGAAACUGCAAAUUACUGUCCCAGAAGAAGAACAUAAAAAAAUUAGUUGUUGGGGCCGGCUCUGUCAUUGGGAGCAACAUGUACCCGAGUCAAGGCCUAUGUAUCGGGAUGACGCAUUUUAUGACGGAAAAAUAGAACGUUUGCCUGAGUACCAAAAAAGUAAGGCCGCAGUUGUUGCUGAAGAAGAAACGGGGCUCGAGUAUCAGCUAGCAGUGUCCCGUGCGGCGGCUGCACAUGAUUUACAAGAGCGUCGCGGCGUAUUCACUACAGCGGUACGGAGAGUUCUUGCAACAAUGAUGGACCCCAAAUUACUAAAAUUAAGAACCUUUAAAUUAUUUUGUGCUAGUGGAUUCCUUAUUUACUUAGGUUUUUUAGUACCUUACUCAUAUAUACAAGUCAGAAACUUACAUGCUGGUAUUGAUCCAAAGCAUUGUAGUUUCUUUGUCAGCGCACUGGGGGGAUGUAAUGGUCUGGGCAGACUCAGUUUUGGUUUUAUAGCUACUAAAAUUUGUCCAAUAAAAUUAACAGCGACUGCGUUGUGUGUUGCUGGCGUGAGUACCAUGCUUUCAAAUGUUUCAUUUAAUAUGAUCUUUCAGUAUGUUUAUUGUGGUUUAUACGGCUUUUGCGUAGCUUGUGUGGUUAGUCUCCGAGCUUUGAUGCUUGUCAAACUUUAUGGACUGGAGAAGCUAACAAAUGCCACAGGCAUGAUAUUGCUAUUUCAAGGAAUAGGAAGCUUAAUCAGCACACCAUUAGCAGGUGUUUUGACAGAACGCUUUGGAUUCACUGUUGCAUUCUGUGUAGCUGGGGUUUUCAUUACGUUAGGUGGUCUAAUUUUGAUACCUGUGAAUUACAUAUAUUCCAAAGAAAAUACUUUAGUAGCACCUUCAGCCAAAAACCAAAAAAAAACCAAAGGGUCAAACCAGCCUGUAAUCAGUAAAAAGUAAUUUUAAGUAUCUUUGUUUUAUAAAUAUAUGUCUAAUUUUUAUAAAUAUGUUUCUGUUUGUGUUCUCCGCAAGCAUCAUCAGUAUCAUGUCUUUUUUUUUCAUUUCAUUUAUUUAUUUCAAUAUAAACUUACAGUGUAACACGCAAUGUUUACAUGAGACUUUUACAUAUAUGUUACCUAUAUCUAAGACAUUCAUAUAUUAAGCAACAAGAAAAGAAAUAAAGUUGCCAAUUAUAUCCACACUUUAUCAACUUUAUCAGGCCUGAUAUCAGGGGGCCUACCGCGAAAACCGAAAUUCGCAAAUAGCGGGGAUCUUUCUCUUUACUUUCUCUAUAACUUUCUCUGACGUAAUUAGUGACAGAGAAAAAUGCCCCCAUUGACGAACUUCGAUUUUCGCAGCGCCAAUUACAUCCACACUUCCCGAUUUCGAGCCCUAAAGACUGAUAAUCUUUUUUGUUUCACCAAAUAUCAGCACAUCGUUUACAGUUUACAAUAUUUGAAAUGUAAAAAAAAUGGUUCAUAUGCAAAAAUAUGAAAUACUGAACAUUUUUGGCAAUUAGAGACCAAGUAUUUUUUUACAUUUCAAAUAUUGUUACUCAUAUUCCGUGAAACAGAAACCAUUAUCAGGCCCGA